AUUAAUUCCUCCACUUCACAGUUAUUUCACCUUUGUUAAUUCAAGGUCGCUGUUCUCAACUUCCCCUCUUCCUCCGCAGCUAGAUUCAUCGCCGCCACCAUCUCUCUCUCUCUCUAGAUUCCAACUGUGUGUGUGAGAAGAUCUCUGAAGAAAACUUAAAAUUUUUGUAUUUUGUGAAGUCCUUGUUGGAGCUGGUCUCCCAAUUCAAGCUGCUUGUAAAUUGACCCAGGGAAGUUUUUCGUUACCUGUUCGGUACGCUGAGGUUCAAUGUCAUUCCGAAGUAUAGCACGCGAUAUAAGAGACAGUUUUGGGAGUUUAUCACGUAGGCAUUUUGAUGUGAGGCUUUCCGGUCAUCAUAGAGGUAAAUCACAUGGUUCGUUGCAUGACUUGAGUGACCAGCCUAUAGUGAUUCAGAAUAGCCGCUGGGCUAAUCUUCCACCCGAGCUACUUUACGAUGUGAUUAGAAGGUUGGAGGAGAGUGAGAGUACUUGGCCGGCCCGAAAACAUGUGGUUGCAUGCGCCGCUGUUUGCCGAUCAUGGAGGAGCAUGUGCCAGGAAAUUGUUAAAAUUCCCGAGUUGUCCGGGAAGCUCACUUUUCCAGUUUCACUAAAGCAGCCGGGGUCUCGAGAUGGAACCAUCCAAUGCUUUAUCAAGAGGGACAAAUCUAACUUAACUUACCAUCUGUUUUUGUGUCUUAGCCCUGCUUUACUAGUUGAGAAUGGGAAGUUCCUUCUCUCUGCAAAACGAACUCGUAGGACUACUUGCACCGAGUAUAUUAUCUCAAUGGAUGCAGACAACAUUUCGAGAUCAAGUAGCACAUACAUUGGAAAACUCAGAUCAAAUUUCCUUGGCACCAAGUUCAUAAUAUUCGACACGCAGCCUCCACAUAAUUGUUCGCACAUCGCACCUCCGGGGAGAACCAGCCGCAGGUUCUACUCCAAGAAAGUUUCCCCGAAAGUGCCAACUGGCAGCUACAGCAUAUCCCAAAUUUCAUACGAACUAAACGUGCUCGGCACGCGGGGCCCACGGAGGAUGAACUGCACUAUGCACUCAAUCCCCGCCUCGUCCAUGGAACCCGGUGGGGUGGUGCCUGGGCAGCCCGAGCUUCUCUCUCGGCCCCUCGAGGACUCGUUCCGCAGCAUCUCUUUCUCCAAGGCCCUCGACGUCUCUACAGAAUUCAGCAGCUCGAGAUUUUCUGACAUCGCCGGUAUAUCAAAUUCGGACGACGACAGCAAGCCGAGGCCCUUGGUUCUCAAGAACAAGUCUCCGAGAUGGCACGAGCAGCUGCAGUGCUGGUGCCUCAACUUCCGAGGGCGGGUGACCGUCGCCUCUGUGAAGAACUUUCAGUUGAUUGCGGCCACACAGGCGCCGCCGCCUCCACCACCUAGCGCUCCUCCGGCUGGGUCUCAGCCGGCGCAGUCGGACCACGAUAAGGUCAUUCUACAGUUUGGUAAGGUUGGGAAGGACAUAUUCACCAUGGACUAUAGGUAUCCUCUUUCUGCCUUCCAAGCAUUUGCUAUUUGCUUGAGCAGCUUUGAUACCAAAUUGGCUUGUGAAUAGAGAACAUAGCCAUGAUUUGUUGUUGAAAAGAAGUUAUUACAUGCAAAUCUACUUCAACAUUUGUACAUUUUCAUUGAAAAGGAUAUUGUUGUAUUUUUCCUUUA